CGUAAUUCAAAGUUGCACUCGUCGUAUAUCGUUCAGACCUCUACCAGGAAGAGGGGCAGCCGAAGAUUCUGGCCUGCUUCUGCGCAGCGUUCAUCUGAUCACCAUGACGCUCUCUUCCGGCACUCUCAAUCUCAAGUUCAUGCAGAGGGCAGCUGCGCGCCAGCAAGCUCAAACCAGUUCGAAUCCCUCCACACCGCAAGCUACAUCCACACCUAUAAAGCCUACGUCCAGAGCCAACGAGUCGCCUGCCGUCGAGUCGAAACAGAGCGUUUUUCCAUCAACAUCGUUGGUCAAUGCGGAAGCUGGACCCAGUACGCCCCUCGCUCGAUUCGACUUUCCCGAACAACCCAGUACACCAUUGACGCCGACAGAGAAGGAAGCGCGAUGGUCAUUACCUCGUCGGAAGAGGGAGAACGGGGUCCAUGGAGGUUCGAACUUGGCGUUCGAAUCGGGCUACAUGUCUUUCCUCAUGCCUGUUGAAGAUGAGGUGAGAGGUGAAGGAACAGGAGGAGGGGGAAGGAUGGCAUUCGGAGGAUUCGGAGUGAAGGAGGAUGAAGAUGUAACUCAGGCUGAUAAAGAGGGAGAGGAGGGGGACAACAGUAUCGUUGAGGAGGAUAAACGUAGGAAGCGACCUCGACCUACAGAGACCGCUCCAGAGACUCCUGGCCAUGGCACUCGUACCUUCAUGAGACCUCAAGGCUUUGAAGACCGGAUGGAGAAUAGCAGCGCCAAUGGAACUACGACCUCGAGGCCGACGGACGUAAAGAAAGAAGCGGUGAAGGAAGAGCCGCCGAGUACCCACGGUAGCAAGCCCGACACAAAGAGACGGAAAUUCGAGAAUGGAUCUCAAGCAGGACAGCCCUCCAGAGCGGAUCGUUUACGAGCCAUUGCCUCUGGGGAUUCCAAUGUCUCAGCGUCCUCUCCAUCCACAUCAACGCCGAGAGCCAGUCUGAAAUCUGCCUCUCACACGCCUGAACUUCCACACGGAGAGUCAAGCAGCGUACAUGUCCAGACACACGAGGUUCGGUCUGACGGCUCCAAACGCAAGAAGCGGAGAAAAGACCGGGGAUCACUCAGCGGACCCGGAUCUCAAGCUUCCGGGACCGCUUCUCCGAUUAAGCAGGAGGCGCCUGCUUCCAGCCUAUUGACACUGGAUGAGAAGCAAGCACAGCAAAGGGCAGAAAAGAACAGACGGAAAAAGGAGAAGAGAAAGGCCAAGAAGGGAGCCAAGGCGGGAGAAUCGGUGGGGCAGGCGAGAGAUGAAGAUUCCGAAUAACGAGGACAGCCCUUCUCGCUUUCCUCUACGUUGACUCUGUAUGCUGUAUAAUGACGUGACGACCAUGCAACCAUUGUCUUGCUUGAUCCCCCUGCGU